AAUGGUUCUCACCCAAGCACAAGCAAAGCAAGCGAUGUGAGUGUGAAUGUGAACGAAAAUACGGAAGCCGGUGCUGCAACAGUCAACAACAAUGCCGUCACCACAUUACAUUCUCCAGUCAACUCACAGUAAACGAUGCUUAGCCGAUUGGCAAUAGAAUAAGAAUUCAUACCGUCAUUUAUUAAUUAAUUUCGAUGUAGUUCAACUUAUUUCAUACAGUUUUUCUAUUUUAUUGUCUUCAAAUGAAUUCGAAUUAAAGUAUUCGUAGCUGUAAAAGUGUCAAAGUUAUUAUUGUUUCAAAAUCAAAUUUGCAGUCGAUUUUUUUUUUGUGUCAAUUUUUCCAGUGUGACUUCGUUCAACGUGAGAUUUUUGAGCAAAUGAACGAGAUAGAAUGUAAAUUCAAUGUGUACGUUUGUUUAGAUUGAAUCGAAAAAAGUUGUGCGGUGAAUGUUCUUCAAGUUGGAUUCCAUACAGAAGUCGGAAAUUGCAAUAGAAAAGAGUGUUGCAUCUCUUAUCCACUCACUCACACACGCUUUCCAUCAUAGUGCGAAAACAUAACCAGAGUGAGAGUGAGAUAGAGAGAGAGAGAGAGAAAGCAUCACGCAUACAGUUUCUGCAAGAAAAAGAAUCGUAUAUUGAACGAAACCGUUCAUCACAGCAUCGAAACAAGUGACCACACACCAAACUGUAUCGUGUUUGUCAACUCAAAAGACUUAACUAGAGCUAGUCGACAUUUUGACGCAUUCAUUGAAACAAAUGUCAUUGUAUUUGGACGGUUUGAAUUAAUCAGUUCGCAAUUCACCAUCGUUACAUCAAUGCACACAUACACACAAAACCAAACGCGAUUUGUUGUGAAAUGAACAGUUUAGUGUAUAUAUUCUAACAAGAAUUAAUCGGAAUAGAAUUAUUUGUGUUGAUGAAAACAUUCCGAUAACAUUGAUUGCCGAAAAGUGUGGAAAUUGAGUUGAAAGAUAAUAAGGUGCGAAGAGAAAAAGCGAUCGAAUACACCGGACAAAAUGGAGUCGAGCAACAUGUUUGCUAAAGGCACAGAAAUCUACAUGAAAUGUUUGAUUGCGUUGCAACAGCAUCAAAAAACGCCAGACAUUUCGGCGACGACAACAUCAAGCAGUAUGCCAUAUUAUGUGCCGCACUACACGCGAAUCAGUACGCCGCAGCCUUUGAUGUAUAUGCCGAAUCAGUAUCCAUCACACUUGGGUCAAGUGCCAAAUGGUCGAGGGCCACCACAUACUGCCGAUUAUAAUGGUUCAGCAUUCAAGCCGAUGAAUUCGUGGUCACAUGGACCACAACAAUAUGCACCAUUCAAUUCGUUCGAUUCACAGCCAUCGAUCAAACAAUCAGCGAUGUCAGCUGACAGUCGAUAUUUCAAUCAAUAUGACCGAAAUGUGACCUAUGGAGCACAAUUGCCGCCAAAUCCAGUGGAUGAUUCUGUUUCGAUGUCAAUGGAGAAACAUGGUGCAAUCGAUUCAAAAUGGCAUUCACAAUCAAACAUGCAAUCAUAUGUGCCUGUUCAACCAACAAUGGGUUACAAUGAAAGCUAUUCAACGGCAAUGAAUCCAGGCUACGCACAGCCACCUAUGAUUGAUAUGAAAUCGACUCGAUCAUCUCCAUUUCAAUCGGAAACGGCUUACAACAACGGACACCAAGUCGCCUCGAAGUGUGAGAACAAACACAAACCGAAGAAGGUUCGUCGACCGAUGAACUCGUUCAUGUUGUAUGCGAAACGGCAUCGCACGCAAGUGCAUCAACUCUAUCCGCUUUGUGACAAUCGAACUGUGAGCAAAAUUCUCAGCGAAACAUGGUACGCAAUGGAUCCGAUCAAGAAGCGAAUGUAUCAUGAUUUCGCCGCCGAGAUGCGCGAAGAACAUUUCCGAUUGCAUCCACACUUCAAAUGGAAAACGUCAAGUGAACCAAAUGUGACACCAAAGCCAACCGAUCAAUCGUGCGAAAGUGUGUUUGCCGAACUGAAGCCCGUCACGGACAAAACCUUGCUGCCAUCCAAUGAUGCAGCGGAAAUGCAGUUGACUGAUUUUGGAUAUGGCCUGAAAGAGGAUUUGAUGAAUCAUUUUCCAAUCACACCAUCGACGGAAAAUUCAUUGAGCCCAGUCGCUUGCGUUGAUGCGGCAGAACAACAGUUGAACGAGCCAUUUGCAGUGGAUGCGAAAACAGAAUUUCGUUUGGGACCCACACCAGCACAGCUCGGUCGUUAUCGCAACAAAACGAUCAACAAUUCAACGACUGAUGCCGUUUCAAUGCCAUCAAACCAUGUGCCAGACUCAACUGAAUCGAAUGAUUGCCUGAACAUUGAAGACAACGAACGCUCGCUGGCCACAAAUCAGUCGCAGUUCAAAAAACGCUUUCAAUCGCUGCCCCAGUUCGAUUUCAGCACCUAUCGAAUGAGCAAUGAGUGGGAUGCGAGCCCAACAUCACCGUCACUUACGUACAACACGUACAGCCGAAAACGUGCACAACCGAAGCCAUCAGCUAAUGAGCCAAAUCCAGCAAAACGGGUGGUCGGUGAACGAUUCUUUGGACCUGAUUUCAAUGUCAACAGUUUCAAGGACCUCGACAUGAAUUCGUUCAGUUCGUCGCCAGUCACGCCAAGUUCGGCAGAAGAUCAACCAUUCCAGCAAGAGAAGGUACACAACAAGAAGAAGCGACACUUGAUCAAUCAACGAAAGACUCUGAUAAUGGAACUAUUCGAUAAAUGUGGUUUCUUUCCGUCUCCGAAGGACCUUGAUGACUUUCUGAAAGAACAUACUCAUCUCUUUGGUUCAAAAAAUUUCCUGAACGUCAAAAUCCGUGAAUAUCGCCAAAAACACAUGCAAAAUCAGUCGCCACAAUGAACAUAGAUUAUUGAUUUAAUUUGCAUAUUUCGAGAGAAAAUUAGUUAUUUGUUACCAACAGACUGGUAGAGAAAGUCACGUUAUAAUACCGUUUUUUUUAAAUGUUAGGCAUCGGUAUUAAUGUUUUUUUUCAUGUUUAAUUUUUACAUUUUGCUGAAAAUGUUCUUUUGAUUUUCAAAUAAAAUAGUCAAUUGUUCCAUAAAAGAAAAA